CUGGGAGCCCAGCCACCCACCCUCUGGACGUUCACCCAGCCAGGUGGUCUCAUCACCUCAGAGGCUCUGCCAGACUCCCGCCCAGGCCAGGACUGAAGCAAGCCUCAAGGCAUUUCUAGGACCUGCCUCUUCUCACCAAGAUGAACUCACUGGUUUCUUGGCAGCUACUGCUUUUCCUCUGUGCCACCCACUUUGGGGAGCCAUUAGAAAAGGUGGCCUCUGUGGAGAAUUCUAGACCCACAGGCCAGCAGCUGGAAUCCCUGGGCCUCUUGGCUCCCUGGGAGCAGAGCCCGCCGUGCACAGAGAGGAAGCUGGCUGCUACUGCCAGGCUGAGCCGUCGGGGGGCCUCGCUGUCCUCGCCCCCUGAGAGCUCCGGGAAUCCCCAGCGGCCCGGCCUGUCCGCCCCCAGCAGCCGCCAGAUCCCCGCACCCCAGGGCGCGGUGCUGGUGCAGCGGGAGAAGGACCUGCCGAACUACAACUGGAACUCCUUCGGCCUGCGCUUCGGCAAGCGGGAGGCGGUACCCGGGAGCCACGGCAGAGGCGCUGGGCGGGGCUGAGGGCGCAGGUGCUGGGCAGUGAACUUCAGACCCUAGAGGAGUCAGAGCAUGCGGGGCGGGGAGGACGCAGGGCAAAGGGAGGGGGCACUGGAGCUUCCAACCCGAGGCAAUAAAAGAAAUGUUGCAUAACUCA